GGGAGGAAUGGGAGAAGGAGGUGGCCUGCGUCUUUAGUGCGGUUCGCCCAAGUUUUGUAAAAUUCCUGGUUUGUUUGUAAGACAACAGCAGCAGCACUGCGAUGUCUGUCAAACACAGCUGCUCAUUAUUCCACUCAUUUUCUACCGGAUAAACCCGAGCUGCUGUUUUUACAGAGAGAACCAGUUCAUCGGACCAGCCAGUUGGGGAUUCAGUUUUAAUGGACUAACAGGUUCAUUUUUUUAUUUCCUUUUAUUGGUUUCUCAUUUUGGGAGCUGUGUUUUCAACGUUUGGACUCAAACAGCCGGUCUAAGUGCUGUUUGUGGACUGGAAGUGGAGGCUGGGGGCGCACACGUGUAGUCUGUCCUCCUUCAUCCGGCUCAGGACGCAUCGAUCCGCCAGCUCUCUCUGGAUAAAAGUUGUUUUUCUGCUGGGGAUUUCGUUUUAAAAGAGGAAGAGAAAGCCAGAGACAACAUGUCGCUAAGCAGAAGUAUUGAAUUUGAACACUUUGAGGAACGAGAGAAGCCGCACCGGACACCGAGGACCAACUCGGGCUCCGGGUCUCAGUCUGGCUCCAGAGGCAACGGUCUGGUCCCCAGCCCGGCGCACAGUGCGCACUGUAGCUUCUACCGCACACGCACCCUCCAGUCCCUCACGUCCGAGAAAAAAGCCAGAAAAGUGCGCUUUUAUCGCAAUGGGGACAAAUACUUCAAAGGUUUGGUGUACGCCGUGUCCAACGACCGGUUCAGGUCCCUGGAUGCUCUGCUCAUGGAGCUCACACGGUCCCUGUCGGACAACGUGAACCUUCCUCAAGGAGUCCGGACGUUGUACACGCUGGAUGGGGGCAGGAAGAUCAGCAGCCUGGAUGAGUUAGUGGAGGGUGAGAGUUAUGUGUGUGCCUCCAACGAACCCUUCCGCCGUGUGGACUACGCCAAGAACGUCAACCCAAACUGGUCAGUGGGCAUCAAGACCAGUACAUCACGCUCCCUCUCCUCCCUCAUCCCGCUGAAGAGCGACCUGCAGCGGGAGUCUAAGGACUUCAUCAAACCCAAGCUGGUCACGGUCAUCCGCAGCGGCGUCAAACCCCGCAAGGCAGUUCGGAUACUGCUCAAUAAGAAGACGGCGCACUCCUUCGAUCAGGUGCUCACUGACAUCACGGAUGCUAUCAAGUUGGACUCUGGUGCUGUGAGGAGACUGUACACUUUGGAAGGCAAGCAGAUUACCUGCCUGCAGGAUUUCUUCGGGGACGAUGAUGUGUUCAUAGCGUGCGGACCGGAGAAGUACCGUUACGCUCAGGACGACUUUGUGUUGGAUCACAGCGAAUGCAAAGUGCUAAAGUCAUCGUACAGCCGCUCCACUACUCCAAACCGGACAGCUAAGAGCCCUGGACCUUCACGACGCAGCAAGUCUCCCGGUGCAGCAAGGCGACCUGUCCACUACUCUACCAGUCAGUCCCCUAUCAAGUCUCCAGUAAAUGGAAUCUCAAUGAGCCACAUCUCAGCUCCUAAGUCCACCAAGUCCUCCACACCAUCUCCCACCAGCCCCCGAACCAUCCCCAGUUUCAAGGUAAGACACUGUGUCACAUACAGCAGCUG